UAACUGGUAAUACUGCAAAUUACUUAUCUACAAGAUACUGAAUUUAAAAGAAAUUGGAUUUGGUUAAAUAUAACUUUUUUAAAUGGCGAGUAUUGAUCUAAAAGAUCAGUAUACCAAGUAUACCAGUAUACUAAAAGAUCAGACCAGUAUACCAGUUUAUUCAAAUUACCAAGAGUUUUUUGUGUUUAAGUUUCGCCAAAUAUUUUAUAAAUUUAUUGUCAUGCCUUUUGGUUUUGGUCCUGCUGUUAUAAAUUUUACAAAGAUAAGUUAUACUAAGAUAAAGUUUCAUUUCCUGAGGUGUAAUGAAUACCUAUAUGUGGCAUAUAUAUAUAUAUAUAUGCUCCCUUUCUGUUGGGGGGAAUCAUUGUGCAGCUUGCCAGGAAAAUAUAAAUGUGACAGUAUCGUCUUGCUUUCAGCUUAGCGUUGCAUUUACUCCUGAACGCAUAGCUGAUUUAUGUGAGCAGCUUUUGUUUGCAUCCUCACCAAUCAUCUGUUUCUGUGCUAAUGUGAUUGGCACCAUCAUUGCAUCAUUUCAAGCUGUUCCCUUGGAGGCCUUACAUUACAGACUUCUGGAGCAUAAAGUUUUUUGCUUUAAGAUUUGCUCAGGGAAAUUUUGGUGCGUUUAAAGGCUGCUAACCUAGGAGUACAAUUAGAUAUCAUCUUGAAGUAUGGAAAUUCUACUUAAUACAAAUUUUAUUGCUGGGACUUUAUCUCUGAUGUAACUGUCAACCAGCUUGACGAUUUUGUUUGCAGGAUGCAAGGACAAAGUAGCUAUGCAUAAACUGCAAUAAACGUCUUCAGACAAGAACAAUUGUUUCAUGCUAUAAUUAUACUUUGAUUAUCUAGGCAAUUGUCAAGCCAAUUUUGUUUGGGCAAAAGUGAAUGAACACUUUCACUUUCAAGUUCAUGUUUUUCCUAAAGCAAGGUUUCCUGGCAACACACCAUGACACUAUUUUGUUUACCACUACAUCACCUUGAACCUUGAAGUCUCGUGCAUAUUGCGUAAACAACAGAAAGUUGGGAAAAAAAUUGAAAGAUUAAUCGAAUACUUACAAUGGUUACUCAGAAUUUUAUUUCCAAACCUUGUUAUUACGCAAUGUGCGUGAUAGCGAGGCUCACGAUUACGGAAUUCUAAUUUUCACAAAUAUGCACUGAGUAUUAGUUUUGUCACAGUUUUGUUGUGUUUCUUAAACUCGCGUUGUCAGGGUUAAUAUAAGGAAACUAAAAAGUUAUUAAUGCUUUUUUUUUUUAUUUAGGUAAAAAAAAGCGUAUACGGGUAAUCUCUGUUCGGAAUGACCACUCUUACACGCAGAGAUUUCUAUACAACAAUAUUUGCAGAAAAAUUUUCACCAUGUGGAAAUUACUUGGUGACUGCAGAUAUGUAUGGAAAAAUUUCUGUGUUCAAUAUAACUCAAGCAUUGACAGUGGAUAUUGCAAUUGAUUGUAAACUUCCUCUAAACAUCUUUCAAGCUCAUGAAAAUUCAAUCUAUUGUUUUGCUUCUACAGAACGCUAUUUAAUAAGUGGGGGCUCAACAAAAAUACACGGUUGGUUAUGGAAGGACAUUCUGCAUCAAAAGAAACCGACUCCUAAAUGGACCUUUACACCACCAUCAUCCAGUCCAUUUGAAACUCCUGAAGCGAACAGUCUUGUUGUGGAUCCAUCGACGGACUCUCUUAUAGUUGGUUGUGGAGAUAAUAAUGUUUAUGUGUGGGACCUCAAUACCGGUGAUUUAAAACAUACAUUGAGAGGACACGAGGAUUACAUACACUGUGUUGAAUUUUUAUCAAAAACAAAUCAAAUUAUCAGUGCAGGUGAAGACGGAUUGGUUAAAUUUUGGGAUAUGCGUUCAUGCAUGUCUGUAGAGCAGAUUGCUCCCAAUGAAUUGAGCAUGACGUCACGUAGCAGUGUGGGCAAAUGGGUUAGCUGCAUCGCUACAGAUAAGACGGAAGAUUGGCUGGUUUGUGGCGGGGCCGCCCAUUCAUCUGUUUGGCAUUUACGUUCAAAAACCGCCACAGCUGUUCUCUCAACGCCAAAGUCUUGCGCACAAGUUAUUAAAUUCGAAGACGAUUUUAUACUCACUGCGGGUACGGAACCAAACGUUUUUAAGUGGUCUAUAAAUGGAGAACUGAGAACAAAGUUUCCGACGUCACCAAAGUCGAUAUUUUCUUUGGAGGUCAACGAACAUUCGAAUCGUGUAUUAGCGGUCAGCGGAAGUUCACCGUACGUCGACAUCAGCACAAACUUUAAAUACAAAGCCUUCUCGUUAACUGUCAAAGGGUGAUUGGUUGUUCACAUCCAUUUUGAAAAUCAAUUCCAUUCCACGUAUGGAGGUUAACCGUAAAAUUUAACUCCUGACAAAUAUUUUGACAAAUAUUGACAUGUCAAACUUUGACAGCGAAGCAUGGAGUUUAGAACUGCACAAGUACAUACAGUGGAAAGUUGUUCCAAAAUAAAGUUGACAGUUUAUCCUCUCUCAAUAUAUUUUAUUUUUAUAAUAGGUGUGGAAGAUUUUAUCAGAAAACAGUUAAUGGAAACCAUAAAAAAGUCGCUCAAUUUGGUUUGAUCCCACGAAAGUAUCAAUCACACAAAUAACAGAUUUUUUUUUACAUUUUAAUGACUGUCUAUUUACGUUUUUUAUCCAUUGUAGUGUUUAAGAAUUGCUACCCUAAUUUGAUUAAUUUUCGCGAAGGCUUAUUUUGCGAAUCAGUCGUGUUGAGAUGUUUCGCGACGUA